CAGUAUACCAAACGUUUAAUCCUUUCUUUCGCUGUUUCAAGAUGUUUUGGGCUAUUGUUUCUCUCUAUGGAUUCCUGUUCUUUCAGUUGACAUUAGGUGCUUUAGAUAAUAGAGGAACCGAAUUUAUUAUUACCUUCAUGGACAACAAAAUCUUAGAAAACAGAGAUAUUCAGCCAGAAAUCUUCAUUACAACAGCGAAAACCCACCUAGUUCACGUGACUGUGACGUCUCCGGGUGUAGGUAGUUCUCACCUUCAUGAAACAUUUUCUAUCACAAAUGGCCACGUGAAACGUGUCGCAGUGGAUACAAGCUAUCGUUUGAACCAAACAGAGCUUAGCAAAAAAGGUAUUCUCAUUCAAGCAGAUGAUGAAAUUGUUGUUUAUGGAGUGAACAGGGAGGUGUAUUCCGACGACGGUUAUUUGGCUUUGCCCACUGAUGUUCUUGGUACCGAGUAUUACACUAUGUCCUACAGCCCAUCUUACUAUUAUUGUGUUUUUGCUGUCAUUGGGGUUCAAGACCAAACACAUGUUUCAAUACACCUUCCAAACACACCUCAUCUGAACGUUACAUACAAGGGCCAUAGGUAUCUUAAGAACGAUUGGAUCAAUGUGACUUUAGACAGAUUUAGUACAUUUGAAAUCCACGCUGUUCCAGAUCUCAGCGGAGCGCAUAUAAUAUCCGAUAAACCUGUUGGUGUAUUAAGCGGAAACAAAAAGGCAGUGGUUGGAAACACUGGUGGUUCACGUGAUCAUUUAGUCGAGAUGCUGCUUCCGGUAUCAUCCUGGGGCAAGAAUUAUGCUACUGUCCCUAUUCCAGAGAGAACCGUGGGAGACAUUUUCCAGUUCCUUGCCAGCGAAGACAACACCCAUGUUAAUGUAACAGGUGUUAUAAAUGGCAAAGCAUUCCAUGACCAUUUUGUCAUUCCAAAGGCGGGUACUUACGUCAAAAAAGAAUACAGUUCUGCACUGUAUUCCCACGUGACAUCUGACAAACCAAUAUCUUUGUUUGAAUUUUCCCUGACACAGAAAGGAGGCACAGAUUUGGCAGACCCUGCUAUGUUGAUUGUACCCCCCAUAGAACAGUAUGCAGCUGACUAUACCUUCACCACACCGGCUUAUUCAAAGGGACAAUAUACAAAUUACUUUAUGUUCGUAGUAGACGCUUCCCAAAAGAACGGCUUACGACUCGAUGGCAAGCCUUUGCCAAGUAACCAACACUAUGUGACGAUACCGGGAAGUCAUUUAGUUGCUGGUUUUCAUAAGAUUCCUGUAGGGACUCAUUCUGUUACACACACAAAUCCAACUACGGUUAUCGGAGCAAUUCUUUUUGGCAAAGCAAACCUUGAAUCAUAUGCCUUCCCCAUUGGUUUACUACUCACCCCAGUCAACACGGGAUGCCGUGCUAAAACGAUGCAGUACGGAGAUGAAAUAGACAAUGAUUGUGAUGGGGAGAUUGACGAAGAAAGGGCAGAUGGAAAAGACAAUGACGGAGAUGGUCGUAUUGAUGAAGAUUGCGAUGCAUUCCACCCAAAUUCCGUCCCAGUUGUUGGAAAACGUGGGUUUUUAUAAACGGUAAAUGGGGAAAAAAAAUCUGAACAGGCAGUUUGUUAGAGUUGUCUUUCCUUCGAUUUAUUAUUUUAUUAUAUAAGCUCGACGUCGUCAUGGUUGAAAAAUGUAGAUUUAAAUAAUUAAGAUGUUGAGGCAAUUUGUAUUAACAUCUAAGCAGUGUAACACUGAUGAAAUCGCAUGAAAGUACAGUGUUACCGAUUGUGCAAGGUAAAUGAUAGGAAAGCCAGCUUUUAUACAAGAAUGUGACGUAGACCGCGUGGCCUAAUGG